UGGUUACAAGCGUAUUGCUUGGAAUUGUUUUUUUUAUAAUUUAAAAUUGAAAUAAACCAUACAAAUAAACAUGGAGAUUCAACGAAGCGAUGCGAUGUUAAUGGAAAUAUUGCAGGAGCGUAAAACCAUCACAGGAUUUCUGGACGCAGUCUUUGGUUUCUUGAAGCGCAAUACUGAUUUUUAUCACACAAAGAAGGAUGCAACAGAUAAAAUCGGGUUUCCGAAGGGAAUGCGGGAUCAAAUACUCUACGGCGCCAUGCAGCGCUACGAUCCGGAAUGCUGGCUGCAAACAAUGAGUGCGGAGAGUGGAAUUGACGACAGUGGCAUAAAUGCUCCGCCUGCCAUUUCUGAGAUCACAGUGGAGACUGAUGAGCAGAGACUCCAAGCUAAGCCAGCUGAAGCAGAUGUGAGUACCAGCAAAACUAGGCGUAGCUUUGAGCCUGGUGACUAUAAAAACGGUGCCGCAUUUGAACAUCAUUGUUGGUCACAAACGCUAAAGGAUUUGGAGCUGCAUGUCAAGCUUCCCGGCAAUCUACAAUCUGCCAAACAACUAAGCAUCGACAUUAAAGCGCAACAGGUCAAAGUGUGCAGUAAAAUGGAUGCGACUCAAGUAAUCCUAGAAGGUGUGCUUAGUCAACGUAUAAGACAUAACGAUGCCGUGUGGUCCAUAGAAAAUGGCACUCUGCUCAUCUGUUGUGAUAAAGCGAAGGAGCGCUGGUGGGAUCGACUCUUUGAAGGCGACAAUGAAAUCGAUAUUAAGAAACUUGACUGCGAGCGUUACAUAGAUGAGUUGCCGGAGGAUUCACAGCUGGCAAUAGAAAAGCUGCGGGUGCAGCAAAUGACAGCGGAUCAGCAACAAAAGACUGCCUUGCAGACAACAGAUCCUGAGCAGAACAAAACCUUAGAACGUUUGAAAAAGGCCUGGGAUGCAGAAGGUUCACCAUUCAAGGGACAACCAUUUGAUCCUUCUAUGGUCCAAAUGAGUUAGUUUUUAUUAUAUAAAUAUAUGAGUACAACUGAUGAGAAAAUACAAAAAGUAUAAGUUAUAACUUAAUGGCUUAGAACUAGGGGUGUUCAAUAAGUUUGAUUGAGAUGUGCUUAGCUUGUUAAUACAAAGAUCAGAAAGAAGGUGCGGUAGUAAUACCAUAUAUAAUUGUGAGAAUAAACUGAUUGCUACAUUU